GUCGAGAGUGAUAAGUCGUUUGGCACGAAACGCCCGCCCUUCAUUGCUAAAAGCAGCAGUCUCGAUUUACCUUGCCGGACAUACUCUCACCUACAUCUCUCCAGACCCGAAUAUGUUCCCACUGCGCCUGGGUAUAUCAUUUCGAGAUGGAUGGAUUUUUUCAAGAGUCGCCCCCAAUCUUGACAGAAGGUUUGACAGGAGGGGCUCCUAUCAUCUCGAUGAAAUUGUAGCUCUCUGCAACUAUCUCAACAAGACUAUGAGCGCCGAGUCGGCCGCCAGAGCCAUCACUGCCGAUUGCUUGGACAGAUAUUCAGAAGGAGACACGGCUGGGGCUCUUAUGCGGCGUAAUAACCUUUGGCGGCUUCUUGCAUCUACUCUCCUGCGCUUUGAGGACGAUUGCGACAUGAUAGUGGAUCUACUCGUCGCGAUUCAAUCGCUGCCAACAAUGGAUAGUAGGCCUUGGUGGGUGACAGAUCCACGACCCAGUGAGUCGUUGUGUGAACUACCUGAAUUUCACCGUUGCUGGCAAUUUUGUUAUGAAAGAAAUCGAUGUAAAUGUCAUGAUAAAUUUCAUGAUCACCGGGAUACAGAUGACGAUUUCCCGCAUGACAGGAAGUACUACAAAAGAGCAGGGACGGCAGAAGCGAAGAUGUAUCUCCGCGGGAUUCCAGGAAUAACGGAGUUUUGGGCAUACAAAACGAUCAACCUUGUUUGUCUAUGGAAUCACGAUCUCGAGUUCUUCAUCUACGAGAUUCACGCUUGGUUGCAGACUGCAGGACCGAAACUGGCAGAAGCAUUAGAUUCGAAUCAGAUCAAGUGCUUUGAGAGGGGAGUGAGAGGGCGGCCAGAUAAGAAAUAUGAUAUUUCGGUCACCAUGUUUGAGCAUUGGCACCAUUGGAAGAAAUCGUUCUUGGAGGUCAGUUUUGAUGAGGACUUUCUAUCUCGUGACGCGAGGGAGUUGGCAAGGGAGUGUCAUGAUAUCAUGAAGGUGCAGAAUAUCAAGUUGCCUUUGUUUUUAUAGCCGCAUAGCCUUACUAUAGACAUGCAACCAGGCCGGAAUUCAAUUAGUGAUGAAUACUCUACGUAGACAGAUUGAAAGCAGGCGCGCUAAACGCCGAAGACAGUGUGAUCAAGCUACGAAGGUCUCUUGUCACCGUCCGCCGAA